CUGCCCCCAAGACACAAGGACAAACCCGGACGAGGCGUCUCAGUUCAUCUCCAAGUGGAUGUGAGUGGCAGGUGGCGGGGUGUGUGGUUUUCUUUUCAGCUCGUGCUCUUGAUGUUUUAACUUUGUUUGGGACAGUAUGCGCUUGUUUGGCUCCGUAUUUUGAUUUACACCUUAUUUUAAAAAGGCAGCCGGGUUUGUGGCAAAAUUAAUGCACUCUGAUUUCCCGGAUUGCUUCGACUAAUGGUUUUUGCACCAGUAGCCUGUUUUAAAUAAGCUUCCUGCCACUUCUGGUCUUGACUGAUUUGAUUACUUCUGGAUUUUGUACUCUUUGAGGACUGGACUUGUGGAUUCAGAUUACUGUCUUGUUUCUAAGUAUUAUUACCGUCUUCAUUCCUGCCAUCAUGCCAGUCCGGAUCAUGUGCACCAUCUCCUUUUCGGCCGAUGACGAACCCGGCAGAGGAUAUGGUAAAGACAGUUUUGAUGACCAUUACAAGCGUGUUAAAAAGAGCUAUAGUGACGGGGACUCACAGGAGUUCCUGGACCGGUGCAGUCAGGUGGAUGAUUACACUGAUGAGGAGGACAACGUCAGCGAGGUGGACGACCUGGCCACUUUCUUCAGUGGUUGCUCGCUGCACGGCGCCAACCACGUGUUUGUAGAGGACAAGAAGUUUGGCAUCCGUCAGGGUUUGUGGGCUGUGGUCUUCACCAUGGCCCUGUCUGCUUUCUUGUAUCAGGUAGCCGACAGGGUUAUUUAUUAUCUCCAGUUCGAUUACAUCACCAUGCUGGAUGAGAAGGUGGCCAACAACAUGACCUUUCCUGCCGUCACCAUAUGCAACUACAACUUUGUUCGUAAAUCUCAGAUGAGCUACAGCGACUUGAUUUUCAUGGGCCCUCUGCUGGGCUUCGAGGAAGGCAUGGCCCCGGGGUUCCCACUGGCCCCGGAGCCGGACCGCCCGCCAGGCUCUCGCUUCAGCCUGGAUGAGUUCUACAGCCGUACUCGACACCGCAUAGAGGACAUGCUGCUGGAAUGUAACUUCAGAGGUUUAGAGUGCGGUCCCGAGAACUUCAGAGAGAUCUUCACACGCUACGGAAAAUGCUACACGUUUAAUUCGGGUCAAGAUGGACGACCCCUGCUGGUGACGAUGAAGGGCGGGACGGGUAACGGCCUGGAGCUGAUGCUGGAUAUCCAGCAGGAUGAAUACUUGCCUGUGUGGGGAGAAACCGACGAGACAUCGUUUGAAGCAGGGAUCAAAGUUCAGAUCCACACCCAGGACGAGCCGCCGUUCAUAGACCAGCUGGGCUUCGGAGUGGCGCCGGGGUUUCAGACCUUUGUCUCCUGUCAGGAACAGCGGCUGACGUACCUGCCUCCACCGUGGGGGGACUGCAAAGCCACACCGAUGGACUCAGACUUCUUCAACACUUACAGCAUCACAGCCUGCCGGAUCGACUGUGAGACGCGAUACCUGGUGGAGAACUGCAACUGCAGGAUGGUCCACAUGCCUGGAGAUGCCCCAUACUGCACCCCAGAGCAGUACAAGGAGUGUGCAGAUCCUGCCCUGGACUUCCUUGUCGAGAGAGACAAUGACUACUGCGUGUGCGAGACGCCAUGCAACCUGACACGCUACGGUAAAGAGCUGUCCUUUGUCAAGAUACCCAGCAAAGCAUCGGCAAAGUACCUCGCCAAGAAAUUCAACAAGACAGAGCAGUACAUAGCUGAUAACAUUCUGGUUCUGGAUAUCUACUUUGAAGCGCUGAACUACGAAACCAUUGAACAAAAGAAAGCUUACGAAUUGGCAGGCCUUCUGGGUGAUAUCGGAGGUCAGAUGGGUCUCUUCAUUGGAGCCAGCAUCCUCACCGUUCUUGAACUCUUUGACUAUCUAUAUGAGGUGAUCAAAUACAAGAUGUGCCGAUGCAUGAAGAAGAAACACAAAGGCCGCAACAACAAUGACCGGGGAGCUGUGCUGAGCCUGGAUGAUGUGAAACGCCAUGCUCCUUGCGAGAACCUGCGUACACCAUCGACGUAUCCUGGCAACAUGCUACCUCAUCAUCCGGGCCAGGGUAACUUUGAAGACUUCACUUGCUGAACAGACCCGGGUGAAGCAACAAAGUGCGCGUUAUGCAACCAAAGCCAACCAUACAACUAGAACUAUCCACCGCAGGGAGGGUGAGGAACUGAUAAUGAGUCUAACAGAGGCACUUUUUACAUUAAAAAAACUGAGGACAACAGACAAAUCAAACAUGACAAAGAAUUUUCACCCAAGGCCAAGUCAAGAGGAAAUCCUAAAUGUAUUUUAAAAAAAAAAAAAAAUGUCAAUUUUCUGGAGAACAUUUCAUGCAGCACUCCAAACUUUCUGUGUUUCCCUCUGGAAUACUGCCACAAAGGAUGCUCGUGGAGAAACCUUGCCAACACGGACCUUUCUUUCAAAAGACAAACAGAGAAAAAAAAUGCAAAGACAAAUAAGGGGGAAAAUGUACAGUUAUCUCACCGUAGACAGCAAAUCAGAAAAAGAACCCUCAUGCCUUUAUAUAUCACAGCAACACAUGAUGGUUUCAACACCGGCCUGCUAGCGUGGCAAAUACUCAUACUGCUUACUCCACUGUACAUGUAGCAACAUCUGUAACGGUUGCAGUGCUUCAUAGAACAACAGCUGGACUCUGUGUAGUUUGUACGAGAAUGUAUCUUUGUUCACAGUGACUGUAGUCGAGUGUGCAGGGAGAUAUUCAGGGGGGUCCCGGUUGGUGGUAGAGGUGCAUCGUCUACCUUUUGAAAAUGUGCUGGUGAAGAUUUCAGGUGACAUCAUGUAAAUGCAUGCGUGUAUUUGUCCCGUGCAUGUUUCUCAUGUCAUUUCUAAUUUUGAUUGAUCAUAUCAUAUUUUUCGAAUUGUUUUAUAAUUACCAAGUUUGCCUCAGUAAAAUACAGGAAAAAAAAAUGCUGAAAUGAUACAUCCCAUAUAUUCCUGUGUGCGUGUGGACAGAGAUUGUUGCACGUGUGAUGAGCCCUCACAUGUGUUCUCGGGUGUCAACAUUAGCGCCUGAGCAGGUACAGUGUGAUUGUUUCUUGAUUGUGCAAAUGGAAGAGCUUCGGCUAAUUUAAUUUCUUAUCCCAUUUUUUCUUUAUUUUUUAAUUUUCACAUGUGCCCAACAAGUCGAAGAGUCUUCAUUCAGCUUCAUUUACUCUUAUCAGCUGCGGGAUGAGGUGAGGUGAUGAUUUUUUCUUUUUUUUUUUUUCAGUUUUCUAGGAGAGUUGAUUGCUGAAAUCCUUGGAGUUUUGUGGGGCUGUGAAAUUUUUUCUGUAUCUGUGUUCUAGUUGCAAAAGUCUUAUCAAAGCACAAUACCGCCAGUAUGUAGAGGUGAUGUAAAAGAAAAAGUAUUAUUAUUCUUGAUAUAUUGUCAUUAUAUUAAUAUCGUGUUGAUCCGACUGUUUUUCAGUUGUUUUUUUCUUUCAUAUAAAAACAUACUCAGUAUUGCCUGAUAAUCCUGUCUCCAUCUUCCAGGUAAUAGGCUGGUCUAUUUAGUUAUCAAAGCAUAAAUAAAAUGUAAAUAUCAUUUUGGAAAAUUGUUUGUCUUCUGAGGUUUUAUUCUCAUCAGUGGAAUUUCUUUCUGAAAGCCUUGGUUUGUCCAUGUGGUUGAAUAGGCAAACAAAAGCAAAGCAAUGUAUUUUUCAACACCAGAUACUGUGCAGACAUUUUUAAUCAUGAGACGCUCUCAGAAAUCUGAUUAAGCAUUCCACACUUCAUCCAAGUCAUUUUAUCUCUAUUUUUCUCCACUCAACAUGUUAUCUUGUGUUUUGCUUCAUGUAACAUUUUCUUAUUCAUGCUUAAUUAAAUCAGCAUUAAGGGAAGAGUUUGGGGGCAGGAGUGUGGUAUUAUACUAGAUAUUGCUUAUCUACGGCAACCAUUCAUCUGUGCUGCGGUUUAACAGCUGCAAGCCACAACAUUGGUAUUUUGGCGUGCCCCACUCUCAAAAUGCAAUUACAGUUUCAGCUGCUGUAUGACAAAAGGAUGGAUGAGAAAUAUCCUGCACAGCCAACACAAGUUUUAUCAAAAUUGCCAGUCAGCCAGCAGCCACACAUUCUGGGCGACUUCUCUCGUAUUCUACUGUACAUCUGGUGCUGCCAACUGCUACACUUAGAAAAGCGGCUGGUGAUGCAUGACUCUGUGAAUAUUAGAUCCCGGUUAUACGACCUAAAACAUGGUCUGCCUCCAAAAUCAUGUUUGUCUUUUGGUCUGCUGCCCAUCAGUCCACCUCCAGCAGACAUGGAGGGUCAUUCUAGGGCGAGAAGUUUACUUUUGCCUUAUCAUUUUUUCAUGAUUUCUUUUAAUAGGAAGUCACUCGUCAACAUUGUUCAUCAAAUGUGAGCGCGCAUUAAUUUUUUAUUAUUCAGAGGAGAAACCUCAGCUGGUAACUAAGUAUUAAUAUAAAAAGUGUUAAAGCCUCUGGGAAUCAGCUACAACAUCUGAUGACAUUUUUUUUCCCCUGUUUUGAAUGUCUGAAAUGUGAUUUUGCCCCCUGAUGGUUUUAUUAUUUUCUGUUGUACCUGCCAAGAAGACAAAUUAAUCAAGAAAUAAAAAGCGAUGCUGUUCA